GUGGUGGAGGUGCGGGGCUCCAAUGGCGCUUUCUACAAGGCAUUUGUAAAGGAUGUUCAUGAGGAUUCAAUAACAGUUUCAUUUGAAAACAAGCUAUCUCCAUCGGGUUUCUGUGGUUUAGGAGACCCCCACCAACCCAGUGCAUGCUGAUACGUCAUUCUGAUCAGCAGCCAGCUACCCAUGGAAUUGACGGCCUCGUGGGAUCUAAAAUUUAAAGGGGGAAAACUGGCAGCCAGAGAGACAGAUUCCAUUCCAUGAUGUGAGAUUCCCACCACCUGUAGGUUAUAAUAAAGAUAUAAAUGAAAGUGAUGAAGUUGAGUCACAUGACAUGUGGAAGUCAUUGAGAUGCUGUUGCUAGGAUAACCUCACUGUAUUACGUAACAGUUCAGGUUAUUUCUUUGGCUAGAGCAGAGUCUAGAGAGCAGUGGAGGCCAGAAGGAAAGGUUUAUUCCAGAGCAAAUGAAAAAGAGCCUUGCUGUUGGUGGUUAGCUAAAGUGAGGAUGAUAAAGGGUGAGUUUUAUGUGAUAGAAUAUGCAGCAUGUGAUGCUACAUACAAUGAAAUUGUCACGAUUGAGCGUCUACGAUCGGUUAAUCCAAACAAACCUGCUACAAAAGAUACUUUCCAUAAGAUCAAACUUGACGUGCCAGAAGACUUAAGACAAAUGUGUGCCAAAGAAUCGGCACAUAAGGACUUUAAAAAGGCAGUUGGUGCCUUCUCUGUAACUUAUGAUCCAGAAAAUUAUCAGCUUGUCAUUUUGUCCAUCAAUGAAGUCACUUCAAAGCGAGCACAUAUGUUGAUUGACAUGCACUUUCGAAGUCUGCGCACUAAGUUGUCUCUGAUACUGAGAAAUGAAGAAGCUAGUAAGCAGCUGGAGAGUUCAAGGCAGCUUGCCUCAAGGUUUCAUGAACAGUUUAUUGUACGAGAAGAUCUGAUGGGUCUAGCUAUUGGUACUCAUGGUGCUAAUAUUCAGCAAGCUAGAAAAGUACCUGGGGUCACUGCUAUUGAUCUAGAUGAAGAUACCUGCACGUUUCAUAUUUAUGGAGAGGAUCAGGAUGCAGUGAAAAAGGCUAGAAGCUUUCUUGAAUUUGCUGAAGAUGUCAUACAAGUUCCAAGAAACUUAGUAGGUAAAGUAAUAGGAAAAAAUGGAAAACUGAUUCAGGAGAUUGUGGACAAGUCAGGAGUUGUGAGGGUGAGAAUUGAGGCCGAAAAUGAGAAAAAUGUCCCACAGGAAGAGGAAAUUUUGCCACCAAAUUCCCUACCUUCCAAUAAUUCAAGGGUUGGACCUAAUCCCUCUGAAGAAAAAAAACAUUUAGAUAUAAAGGAAAACAGCACCCAUUUUACUCAACCAAACAGUACAAAAGUCCAGAGGGGUAUGGUACCAUUUGUUUUUGUGGGAACAAAGGAUAGCAUAGCUAAUGCCACUGUUCUCUUGGAUUAUCACCUGAACUACUUAAAGGAAGUAGACCAGUUGCGUUUGGAGAGAUUACAAAUUGAUGAGCAGUUGCGACAGAUUGGAGCUAGUUCUAGACCACCACCAAAUCGUACAGAUAAGGAAAAAGGCUAUGUGACUGAGGAUGGUCAAGGAAUGGGUCGAGGUAGUAGACCUUACAGAAAUAGGGGGCACGGCAGACGCGGUCCUGGAUAUACUUCAGGAACUAAUUCUGAAGCAUCAAAUGCUUCUGAAACAGAAUCUGACCACAGAGACGAACUCAGUGAUUGGUCAUUAGCUCCAACAGAGGAAGAGAGGGAGAACUUUCUGCGCAGAGGAGACGGACGGCGGCGUGGAGGGGGAGGAAGAGGACAGGGAGGAAGAGGACGAGGCGGAGGCUUCAAAGGAAACGACGAUCACUCCCGAACAGAUAAUCGCCCACGUAAUCCAAGAGAGGCAAAAGGAAGAACAGCUGAUGGAUCCCUUCAGAUCAGAGUUGACUGCAAUAAUGAAAGGAGUGUCCACACUAAAACAUUACAGAAUACCUCCAGCGAAGGUAAUCGGCUGCGCACGGGUAAAGAUCGAAACCAGAAGAAGGAAAAGCCAGACAGCGUGGAUGGUCAACAACCACUUGUGAAUGGAGUACCCUAAACUGCAUAAUUCUGAAGUUAUAUUUCCUAUACCGUUUCCGUAAUUCUUAUUCCAUAUUAGAAAACUUUGUUAGGCCAAAGACAAAUAGUAGGCAAGAUGGCACAGGGCAUGAAAUGAACACAAAUUCUGCUGAGAAUUUUAUUUUAUUUUUUGUAUUGGCCAUAAGCAACAAUUUUUCAGAUUUGCACAAAAAGGAUCUUAAAAUUUGAAACAUUGCUUUUAAGUAUACUUAGCACUUCAGGGCAGGAUUUUAGUUUUAUUUUUUAAAGUACUAAGCAAUGAUAAUAUUUAUUAAUUUGGACCAUUUUCCUGCAUUGGGUGAUAACUCACCAGUUCAUUUCAGUCUUUCUGAAUAAAUAGCAUUUAUGGUAAUCAUACUGGACUUCUGUUUUCAAUCUCAUUUAGGAGUCUAUGAAAUGCUAUGUCAUUUCAUGUCCUGUGUCAGUUUAUGUUUUGGUCCACUUUUCCAGUAUUUUUGUGGACCCUGAAAUAUGUGUGAUGUGACAUUUGUCAUUUUCAUUAGCAAAAAAAAAAAAA